AUGGACACCUCUACGUAUUUACCACUCAUUAUUGGAGUACUUAUUUUCUUAUAUUUUAUUUUCAAAAAUAAAAAUUACUCCACUUCUAAACAAGUUCCUGAGCCAGCCGGUGCCUGGCCCAUAAUCGGUCAUCUCCACUUAUUAGGUGGCACCGAGCAACUUCUGUAUCGAACGCUCGGCGCCAUGGCUGAUAAUUAUGGGCCAGCAUUUAAUCUAAGGCUUGGCACUCGCCGAGCCUUUGUGGUUAGUAGUUGGGAAAUGGCAAAAGAAUGUUUUACUUUGAAUGACAAGGCCUUAGCCAGCCGGCCCACAACUGUGGCUGCAAAGCAUAUGGGCUAUGGUUAUGCGGUUUUCGGGUUUGCACCUUAUAGCCCUUUUUGGCGCGAGAUGAGAAAAAUUGCGAUGUUUGAACUUUUAUCAAAUCGAAGACUUGAUGCUCUCAAGUAUGUUCAAGUGUCCGAAGUGGAUAUCGGGAUCCAAGAGUUAUACAAAUUGUGGGUCGAUAACAAUUCUGACAGACCAAUACUCGUAGAGCUCAAAAGGUGGUUCGAGGACUUAACACUAAACGUUAUCGUUAGAAUGGUAGCCGGAAAACGUUAUUUUGGCGCCGGAGCAACGUGCGAUAACGAUGAUGAAGCUAGGAGAUGUCAAAAAGCAAUAAAUCAAUUUUUCCAUUUAAUUGGAAUUUUUGUACCAUCAGAUGCAUUUCCAAUUUUGGGUUGGUUUGAUAUAAAUGGACAUGAAAAAGCCAUGAAAAAAACAGCUAAAGAACUUGAUUUUAUACUUGAAGGAUGGUUAAAAGAACAUCGUGAGAAAAGAAAAUGUACAAGUAUUGAAGUUAAGAGUACUACUGAUUCCGCGGUACAAGAUUUUAUCGAUGUCAUGUUAUCACUAGAAGAAGAAGGGAGACUCUCUAAUUUUCCAUAUGAUGCUGAUACAAGUAUCAAGUCUACUUGCCUGGCACUUAUUCUUGGAGGGAGUGACACAACAGCAGGGACAUUAACAUGGGCCAUUUCAUUACUACUAAAUAAUCCUAAAAUAUUAACAAAAGCACAAGAAGAAAUUGAUCUACAUGUUGGAAAAAAUAGACAAAUUGAUGAAUCAGAUAUAAAUAAUUUAAUUUAUAUUCAAGCUAUUAUUAAAGAAACAUUACGAUUAUACCCUGCUGGUCCAUUAUUAGGACCAAGAGAAGCAAUGGAUAAUUGUGAAAUUAGUGGCUAUAAAAUUACCCCUGGUACUAGAUUAAUAGUAAAUGUGUGGAAAAUCCAAAGAGAUCCAAGAAUUUGGGAAGAUCCUGAUUGUUUUAAUCCAGAUAGAUUCUUGAUGAGUAAUGUUGAUGUGAAAGGUAAAGAUUUCGAGCUCAUUCCAUUUGGUUCUGGUAGACGAUCUUGUCCUGGUGCUUCUCUGGCUCUACAAGUUCUUCAUUUGACAUUGGCGCGUAUUCUUCAUGCUUUUGAGUUUACUAAGCCUAUUGAUGGUCAACCUAUUGACUUGACCGAGAGUCCGGGGUUGACUAUACCUAAAGCAACGCCAUUGGAUGUUCUCAUUGCUCCGCGCCUCAGUGCCAACCUUUAUGGUUGUUGAUGCAUUUGUUA